AGACACCCGCCUUCAAACACUGCACAGAAGAAGAAGAAACACUGGAAAUUAAAGUCUUUUUGGAUUCACUGCAUCUUUUCAGAUGUUUGGAGAAGCAAUACUAAAGAGCUUUAACUGAGCAGACCUAUAAGGAGGGAUCUUGGCUCCUGCAGACAUUUCCCCUGCAGGGCUGAGCUCUUUGGCUGGCUCGCCACUUCCUUAGCAGAGGGGCUGCUGGCAGGGGCAACAUCUGAGCAGUGAAUCACACAGGAGAACAUGCUCUUCUCUGCACAGUGGACUUAACCAAACUUAGCUUUACGCUUUACAGUCUAGAGAUAUCAAACAGGUCAUGAAGCCCCAAGAGGCAGAGCUUGUCACUGAAAUCUCCAAGUUACAAUGCAUGGUCUCAGAGCUGAAGACGGGCUUCACCAGCGCUCUGCUGGAGCUCAGUCAGAUCCAACAUGGAGACACGUACGUGAGGGAGGAGCUGGAGGAGAACCGGAGGAGCUGCCAGAAGAAAGCUCUUCGUCUGGAGGCUCUGGUCGAGACUCUGAAGGAGGAACUUGGAGUGAUGCGGUGUCAGGUGUUGCAGCUGUACAGUAACAAACAGAGACCUCAACAGGAUGGAAAGAGCUCCACAUCCAAACACAGAGAAAGCAGUGAUCCAGCAGAACGGAGUCAGUGUGACUGUUCGUCUGCUCCACCAGCCGGUCUGUCCAGAGGGAAACUGCUCCUCCACUGUUUCCUGCAGGGACUCAAAGCUGGACUGAGUGAAGGCACAGAUGCACGACAUCAGGUGGCGAUGCAACUUCUGCACUCUGAGUGGGAGUACGUGUCGACCUUAAACCAGCUGUAUGAUAAAUACAAGACACCACCAGCUCACCUGAUGACUGUGGAGCCAUAUCAGACGUAUAUGAAGUUUGUGGAGCAGCUGUUACAGAGACAUCUGGUCUUCAGAAACACCCUGCAGGAGCGAUUAUCUGCUGAACACUGGAAAUCUCUGGUUGGAGACAUCCUGGUGCAGCUUAUCGGCCAGAAUGACACAACCUUUUCAGAUAUGUACCUUGGAUACACGACGACCCUGGCGUCAUUCCUCUCACUGGAGUUCAACAGACUAAAUCAUUCUGAGAAAAUGCAGAGUGGCCAGAUGGAGAGAGAGGAAAUGAAACUGCUCUACCUGCUGUUGGCACCUGUCUCUCGCAUUCACGGCUACCUGAGUCACAUUCAGAACUUGCUGCAGUGGACGGGUAAAGAGCAUCCUGAUUGCAGCCUCCUGCUGGGAACAGAGCGAGCGCUGAGGAGCAUUUUGUCUCAGUCUCAUGUGAUCCUGGAGCGAGAUGUCCGAUGGGAGGAAGGAGAAGGAGAUGGACAAAGCAGCUGCUCUGAGUCAGUGUCUGGUGGAUCCUCUGCUAACUGUUGCACCAGGAGCCAACAGACCAGAGAGUCUCAGCAUCAGUCCAACACUGCAGCUCAGAGAGAAGACCAGCAGGCAGUCGGCCUCACUAACGGGGUCGACGGCUGUCACUCGAUGCGUCUGGAGUGCUGGUCCUGCAGCCCGGUGAGGAGGAAGGACUGUGGCAGAGACCGGACCCUCCUGAACCAGCCGGGCCGUGACUGUGGACACGCCUACUGCUCCCUCCUCACCCCCGAUGCUGCAGCGUGGGGGGAGAACAGCGACUCAGGUCAGGGCACCUACAGCCAGAGCCAGCCCACGGGUCUGGAGGCCCCUCACACCAACCCCAGCCUGGAGGACUGUGAGACGGACCCAGACGACACCUCAGCCUUCGACUACUCCUCCGUCACCUCCUGCAGCCCUGACGGCACCCUGCGCAGGGAGACGAUGGACAGCAACAGUGGGGAGGAUGAAGAGGAGGACAGCCAGGUGCCGGUGCUGUUGAAGCCCUCAUAUAGCCAGCAGCAGUCGAGGGAGACACCCAGAGAGAGGACUGUGUGUCUGAGGUGGCAGAUUCCCAGGUUGACACCUCACCCUCCUCUGAGAAACACUGCAGGGCCGAGUGGGGACGGCCUCACGCCGUGCCUCGUCAGCUCCCACGGGAAGAGGCUGGUCAAUGUCAGGAAGGGGUCGCCUCCUCUACAUCCAAAAAGUGCCUUCAGGCCCAUCUGGGAUGAUCCAUCCAAACAGGCUGAUGCAGCUCCAGAGAAAGACAACAGACAACAAGGCUUCAAACCCAUUCAAGUCCCAGCGAGGCAAAGCUUUCACAAUUUCAACCCGAGUAGAGAAAACCUGAGACCGGGCCUGUCUCAGCAGAGAGGUAACCAUGCAGCAGCCAUGAGCGGUGGAGGAUUGUGGGAGGACAGUGAGGACAGCGAGGGACCCUGCAGCACAGUUUGACCCCCCCCUCCACAGAGACAACAGGACUAUCAAUAAAAACUGUUGCACACAAAACUUUCAAGUUACAACCAAACCUGAGCCGAAGUGAUUUCUUUGAAGGAGACAUGAAUCAGUGACACUGGAAUAUAUAUAUUUUUCUGUUAAAGCUGAACCCUUUAUGAACAUGGCAGUCAUCUUUGUUUGGAUCGUCUGGAUUACAUUUUGACAUGUGGUAA